AUGCCGCGUCCAAACCCACUGAGCACGACGCUACGACAAAAGCUGUCAAGCCUUGCCGCGCCCGCGACGCCUUCUGUCUCAUCAAAUCCCGCUACAUUCUCUCCUACAUCAAUGGGCCCAGCAAAGAAGCGUGGCAUCCUCGCGCGCUGGCUUCACGCCGACGAACAGGCGCAACACUAUCAUCCUACUCCUGCGCAGACGCAGAGCUCCAAGGGCAAGGAACGCGAAUGGGAUGCCGGGGAACUAGACGAAGACAUGCAGAAAAUCAUGAAUUCGGUCAUCUUCAAUGGCGGAUUGGAUUUCGAGUCAUACAUCGUCCAUUCUACUGGCUUUUCCAAGAUGCUCUUUUCGUUGGCAGGCGCCAUUAUCAGUCCAAAAUUCUACGCCAAGCUCGAGUACAUCUCCACACUCUCUGACCUUGCGAAGCACGUUCCGCUCAGUCAGAUCAAUAUUCAUCCCGCUGUCUACGCCGAGAAUCUCAAAUUCGAGCGCGAGAUUACAUUACCGACUUCCCAACAACCUGCUACCUCUGUCUUCGGCGCAUCAUUGGACGAGAUCAUGGGUAUGGAGGGCGAGAGUGGUGGUGUUCCUCGUCCUGUCCGCGAUGCCAUCGCAUACCUUCGUGCGUGGCGUGAGGAUGACACGAUACCACUGGAAGACAAAGGCUUGUUCAGGAGGAGUCCGUCGAGUGCGCUGUUGAAACAAGUUCAAGCAGCAUACGAUCGAGGGCAAGUUGUGGACCUCUCUCAGUACAAUGACGCCAAUUUGUGUGCUGUUUUGAUCAAGAAAUUCUUCCGCGCUCUUCCACAACCAAUCUUCCUAGACUCGAUGUUUGCGAUGAUUCGCAAUUGUCCAAAUCCGGAUAAUCCGAACACGAGGGAUGAUGCUGUGGAGUAUAUCAAGACAAAGAUUAUCGGUGAGCUCGAGGGGAAUAAACAGAUUCUGCUCAAUGUCGUCCUACAUUUACUUCACGACGUUGCAGCUCGCUCAUCAGUCAACCUCAUGGAUGCGUAUAACCUCGCGAUCGUAUUCACGCCGAAUCUUGUUUCCAACGAUAACCCACUUCGCGCGGUACAAAUGUCCAUGGUCGCCUCACCUACCACUCAGCGCAGAGGGUCCAAGGACAUCAUGAUGCAAAAUCAACCACAGCCUGAUCUUUCAGAUCCUCAUUCCCCGACUGUGGCCCAUAAUACGACUCUUGGCACUGUCAUCCGUGUCUGCAUCGAGGAUUAUUACGAAAUUUUCGAUGAGGUUCGGGAUGUCACAGAGGCUGUUCCUGGUGAACUGCUAGAAGCGAACGGGACGAUCCCAAACCCCAUAUCAUUACCUAUUUCGGCUGAGGUCACCGCCCCUUUGGCGGCGAACAAGGGAAAACCUGCGGCUCAAAUGGCCAACAUGCCAAGUUCCCCGAAUGCUGCGUCAACCAGCCCGAUGAGUCGUGCGCAAGGCCGGACUCGUGGUCCACCCCCAUCAUCCGCUACUACAUCGAUGGCUUUACUCGCUCAAGCUCUAGCAAAGGAUCCCUCCAACGCAGAUCGAAAUACUCAAGUCACACGUAGCAAUAAAUCUCGAGCUCUCCUUGAUCCACAAGUUGGCGAAUCGUCACAGGCGUAUCAAGAGAGUCGUGACGGUGCUGCUGGUUCCCGAACGCCAUACGGAUCGCGUUCCGUGGCGUACAACUCACAUGGACCCAGUGGGAGUGGUUGGACAGGCACGGGUUUACGAGGCAUGCCGAAGACGCGGAGCAUCAUCUCCAUUGAAAAGGCGCCGCCGGUGAUGGGCGUCGACAUCAAUCCAUCUGGACAUGGAAAAGGAAAGAGAACAAUCACAAGCGGGAGAGAGAGUAUCAAUCUAGGGCGUGCGACUAUUACCAGCGGGGGAACCGUCCGCAAAAGUGCCAGCGCAGGUGUCGUGGGCGUUGGUGUGACAGCCACGGGGUUUUUCGCACCGCCAUAG